AUGGAGUUUAGGGAUUCCAAUCAGCCGCAAGCUCAGUUGGUCGGGGAAAAUGAGCCGAUCGAGGUUGUCCUUGAGGUCGGUGGCAAGUGUUGUUAUAUUGGUUUCGUGAUUGCUAACGAACUGAAUGAAUGUGUUAUAGAACCUUGGUUUUUUGGGCCUGAACGGGGAGACUAAGGUCAAAUUAUUUACACAAGGCUACGACACCGACUCUGUGCCUAUCUCCAGUGCGUCUUUAUUUGCUAUUGCCAACAAGCGCGGUUUAUUUGCAGCUGCUACGUUUUCCAGUAGGCGCCUCUCUCGUGCUGAUUGAACAGGCCGCUGACUCUUCCCAGACCUUGUCGUUGGAAGCACCUCGUCCCUUCGCGAAGCUUUCGCCAACACCACCGAAAAGAUUUCGCUAUAUAACUCUCGAAUUUCCCUUUCUUUACCGACAAACAUUUCCCAUGUGGCAUUUACAGCGGAUGAAUCUCACCUUGUGCUAGGCUCAUGCUCCGGAGGCCUUGCGAUAUAUCUCGUUAACGACCUUUCUUCUGCCGGUAGCGAUGUGAAACCUGUGUUCGAGUUGGGCACGGAUGGUGUUUCAUUGCGAGAAUUAAAGCCCAAUCCUACAGUGCCGGAGUUAGUGGCUAUUGUUACCUUGGUUGGAGAGGUCCGGAUAAUCAAUAUAGACGCAAGGGGCUUUCUGAAGAGCUCAAGCGGAGAUGUGGCACUAAAGAAAGAAGCUUCAACGGUGUCAUGGAGUCUGAAGGGAGAACAAAUUGUUUGUGGGAUGGGAGACGGAACCGGAUGGCAGAUGACCCCCGGCGGUGAGGUGACGGCUGUUUUGCCGCCGGUCCCAGGCCUGACGAAUCACUUUAUCUCGUCAAUUGUUUGGGUUGAGACUGAUGCGUUUAUCACUACGCAUACCCCGGUCCCGUCCGGUGAUGCAAAUAAUGAAUCCAUUUUUUAUCUGUUGACGCGAGAUGGUACAUCAUAUCGAUACAUGAGGCUUCCUGACCCUGUUCCGCCGUUUGGGAUGGAAUCCCGAACCCCACCCUACUUUUUCCACACCACGAUUCGGCAGUAUGCCCCAGGCAUAAAAGAUGCCAUCGUGUUUACCAGUACCUGCGCGUCGGACGUUGGCCUUGUUUGCCGGUUCUCUACAGCAUUGACCGGCGAUCCUGCAGUUCCGGCUGAUAGCUGGAUCACCGCUAGCAUCGGCGAUGAUCCCCGGAGAGCCCAAAUGCCUUUAUCCGAUGAAAGCUUGUGCGAUACGUCGCCAAUUGGAAUGGCUCUGGAUUUGAGCAAUAAAGCGAAUGUGAAACGCCCCGUAGGCGGAGAGGAAAUUGAGGAAUCGCCAGGACCAUUACCAAUUCUUAUGGUGCUUAAUCACGAAGGAUUGCUGAGUGCUUGGAAUGUUAUCUACAACGAUGCUGUUGAACAGGGCGAAAGAUAUGGUGGGAUGAUGGUUUACGUAGCGCAGGAAGGAUCCUCGCAGUCGGCGCCGCAAACGCCGCAGCAGCCAACGUCUCAGAGGCAGUCGGUUCAGGGUGUAACCCCCAGCCCCGCAUUUGGGGGGAGCUCUUUCGGACAGCCACCAGUUUCUAAUGGCAAUGGCACAUUUGGCCAAUCCCCAAGCCUAGGGUGCUCAAAUCCAUUUGGAAAGCCCACGGCCAGUGCUUUUGGGCAGUCUGCGGCGUCACCGGCAUUUGGUCAACCCUCUGGCAUCGGUGCGAGUGGGGCGGGCGCGUUUGGAAAACCUGCUCUUGGAGGUUCUAUGUGGGGUUCCACUUCAGGACCUUCUCCUAGCACAGCCGUCCCAACUCCAGGAACCGCUUUUGGUCAACCCUCGGCCCUUGGGACAAGGCCUGUAUUUGGCCAACCCGCCCCUGGCAUACAAUCUGUGUUUGGCCAACCUGCGCAACUGGGAUCACCUACUACUGCUCCUGCAUUCGGGUCGCCUACUCUUAUAGGGGCGAAUAAACCCGGAGCUACUGGAUUCGGCGCUGUUUCCUCCCUUGGAAACCCUCCUGCUGGCGGGAGCCCGUUUGGGGCUGGGUCUGCUUUUGGAAGUGGGAAUGCGUUUGGUGCCUACGCGAAUAAGGGGGGAUUCUCAGCGGCAGCUGCGGUAGGUAGCGGAGAUAGUAAACCUAUAUGGGGCACAGGUGGGAGUCUAGGUUCUGAUAGCACGUCCACAGCCUUUGGAGGUGGUAAUAAUGCGCCCAGUGCAUUUGGCUCUGGGGGCACCGAUUCCUUCAAAAUAUCCAGUGCGUUCGAGUCAGGGUCUGUAUCUACCUCUGGGAAUAAGCCUUCCUCUUCCAGUGGUAGUUUUGGCAGCUUUGGAAUGGGGCUAGGGGAUGCGCUUACUUCUACGCCCUCCGUCGUUUCUCGCCCCGUCCCACCCGCAUCGCCGCCCGUUCCGGGGAGGGUAUCCGAUCAGAAUAUCAGAGAUGCAACUAUGGAAGAUAGCGAUGAGCAACCUGAUGAACCGAGUGAUGAUGAUGACAUAAUUUCUCCCGGGGCAGCAAAAGCCCGACAAGCUGUGCUCACUUCAACACUUGCGAAGCCAGACCUUCCCAGGGGUAUCUUCGCGAGCACGAAAGCGGCGAGCUCCGGUACGUUUGUGGGCAGCUCGUUUUCGUCAGUUAAUCAAGGCUCAUCACCCUUCAGCUCUGUGCCCGGCCCUGCCUCAGGAUCGCCUUUUGGUCGUUGGGGGGCGCAACCCAAGACACCCCUUGAUGUUCCAAGUACUCCACCACCAAAGCCCCCCUUUGGUACUACUCCAAAGCUCUCGAGCCCGUUUGGUGCCCCGAGUAGACCUUUGACCUUUGCUCAGUCACCUGAAAAAAUACUCGAAUCCUCUCAACCAGUAGCGACAACGCCAGCAACUAGCUCACCUUCUCUGCCGCCGCUUCCACCUCUCCCAUCAUUUACUUCUACGGAGAAGGGCCUCGAGACACUUCCAGCAUUGCCAGCAGACGAGUACUCUGAACCUGCAUUAUCGAAUGAAGCAUCAUCGGUACCGUUACCCCCAGAUCCUGAAUCCCCGAAAGAAUCAAGUGGUGCUGGGGCUAGUGAAUUCCCUAGCCCGCCUUCCCCAGAGCCCAAGAGUCUGGGAGCGGAUGAUGAACGGGUCACUUCGCUGGACGGAAGUGAUGGUGGCGGUGAUGGGCACCAAAAGAGUAAGGGAGAAGAUGAUGAAGAGGGUGAAGGAGACAAUGAGGAAGAUGGGGAGGAAGAUGGGGAGGAAGAUGGGGAUGACGAAGAUGAGGAUAGCAGCGAAGAGGACGACAGCCCACUAUCCGAGGGGCUCGUAUACGAACCUAAGCCAAAACUGCCCUCCGUAGCAAGUGGUUCCAGUACAUCCAAUAUCUUUGGGCCCGAUACAAGCUUUAAAGAAUCGUUUAGUGGAGGUGUUGAAGAAAACGCGCCGUUCAGUCUUUUGGCUAAAAACCCCCCCCCGGUUAGCGGCAGUGAUAGUGAUCGAUCAAGUUCGCCACCUACAGCCCCAAAUCCGAAAAACCGCUCUCCGAGUGCGACUGUUGGCUCCCUGGCGGCUAAAACCAGGGAAAAGAGGAACAGUCCAUUAGGUCGAGGGGGCAUGCUCAAUAGGCCGCCUAGGAAACCUGACGCUUCUAAAAUACUUGAUGCUCCUCUCCCUCCGCCUGAGGUUCUCGCAUCUAGCAGCAAGCCUCAAGGGACUUCUCCUCUUCAACCUUCAGCGUCCCCCUGCAUAGACAAACCAACUGAGAGUGGCCCGCUAGCUGCUCCAGCAUUGCAGGCGAAGCAGGCCAGUCAAGAAAGAGAAGAGGCUCAAGAAGGAGAGGGGGAUGUCCAGGAAGAAGAGGAUGCCCAAGAAGAGGUCCCGGAAGAAGAGGAGGCCCCGGCAGAAGAGGAGGUUCAAGAGGAGGAGGAACCGGAAAGUGAUCUGGAUUUUGAUAACGAGUACGACGAUUAUGAUCCGGACCGGGUGCGGAAUAAGUUGUUGAAUUGUGACGUGAAACCUGUCCAAGAAUUGCCGAAAUUCAGGCGCAAUGGGGAGGUUGAAGUCGCAAGCGUAAGCUACCUGCUCUAUCCACCCAGGUUACUAUAUUAAGUUGACAUUUCGAGCUUUAGGAUUUCAUUGGGGUAUUCGAUUCCAUUUAUCUUAGCGGUAAUAUGAUGAUUAAUAGGCUUGGCCUAACUGUCCAAGGGCUCAAAGCCUACCAUCUCGGCCAAGAAAGCCCACUCCCUGAUGUUGACCAUAAGGCAGCAAAGGAUAUGAAGCAUUCACAAGACUGGAGGCUUUGUGAAAUGGGCCAAAUCAGGGAGAUACUUGAACAAUUGCUUGCCAGUGCAAGGGACGAAAACCAGGGAAACGAUGAAUUGGAAGCCAAAUAUCAAGCAGCAAGCAAAGAGUUCAUUAAGCGUUGGUUUUCCACUACCCCCACUUUAUUUUUGCGGCUUGGGAUGCAACUGACGAAAUUGGAUAGUUGAUAUUAAAGAUGCAGAGAUUAAACGACUCCUCGCUGUUCACAACGAUUCUCAGGCUGCUGCAAUUGCUCGCGCCAGACCACUUGCGCCGGAACAAGUUUUACAACAACGGAAACUCAGGAAGGAGUACGCAAAAGUGGAAAGACUCCUUAAGGAAGCCGAAAAGGAAGUAACACAGCUCAAGGCCAAAAUUGCAUUCCGAGACAGGGACAGGCCUGGGGCCGUGGUUCCGCCAACCGUGGAAGCGGUCAAGAAUACAAUCAUGAAAUUGACAGGGAUGGUUGAGAGAAAAAAUGGAGAUAUUGAUUACCUUGAAGAGCGUUUGAGACGGAUCAGAAUCAAAUCUCGAAGCGUUUCCGUCACGCCGUCUAGGCCCAGAAGCCUAACUCCGAAUCUUACUCCCCGAGGAGGGACACCCCAAAGAUUUGAGACUCCAGAGAAAUUGAGGUCAUACGAUCAUAAUAUCUCAAGUGCUAGGUACUCGGCGAGUCCGUUGUUUGCCUCGGCAGAUCUCUUGGAUGUUGAGGAGGCUAGGGAGGAGAUUAGAGCAAGGAAGGAGAUGGGGAGGAAAUUGAAGGACGCUCUGGAGAGAUGCAGGCCUAAAUUGACGACGGCGUCAAUAUAAAACGAUAGAAAUCAAUCUUUCUGGUGGAAGGGAUAGUAACUUGGCACCCUGUACUUUUAAUUUAGUGAAAUCAAAGUUCUGGUUUCCAAGUUUG